AUGAGAGCAAGCUUCUUAUCAACAUAUGGAAUGGCAACAGAUCAAGGAAGCAAAUUAGGAUUAGGAAAAAAUAAAACAAUUAUACGCAUGUAUAGUAGUUAUCAGGUAGUUCAAAUGAACAAAUUACCUCUAGUAAUUAGUCUUAUAUUGCUAGUCAUAACUAAGUAAAAUAGAUCCAAUCUUGAGUAAUUUAAAAAAUGCAGUAGCAGAAGCCUGAUGUGCGUUAUGGAAAUUCUUGAAAAGCUAUUCUAAGAUGAUUUAUAACAACGGAGCCAUUAGUAUAUAUUUUUUCAUUUAGAAAAAAGUUAUAUUCUUUUAUAAUUAUGCUUUCUUUUGUCAACAUUUUUAUAUAAUAUCUUAAAUACUUAUAAAGAAAACUACUACUAAAGAAAAUUUUCUCGUCAUUCAUAAAGAAGAGAGUGAAUAA